CCUCCACUGAGAGUAAUGGAUUCCCUCGCGACGUCCACGGCCCGGAGAUGGGCGCUCUGCUCCCUCCUCUGCCUCUGCCUCUUCUGCGCCGGCCUCCUCCUCGGCUCCCGCCCCUUCUUCUUCCCCGCGCUGCUGCCGCCGCCGUGGGAGCACUUCUCCAGGCUGCAGCAGCAGCCCGCUCCACGUCCUCAUCUUCCUCCUCCUCCUCAUCAUCAUGCUGCUGCCUACCAUGACCACGACGACUCCACGGCACCAGCGCCGGACGCCGGCCCCGGAGAUCUUGGCAGCGAGGAGGAGAAGCGAGACGAGGAGCCGGCAGCGUCAGCGCCCUCUCCCCUUCGUGCUGCUGCUGCUUACCAUGACCCCGACGACUCAACGGCGCCAGCGCCGGACGCCGGCUCGGGAGAUGUCGGCAGCGAGGAGGAGGAGCAAGACGAGGAGCUGGCAGCGUCGGCGCCCGCGCCCGCUCCGGCAUCGGACGGCGACGGCGACGGAGAGGGAAGGGAGUGCGACCUGUUCGACGGGAGCUGGGUGCGCGACCCGGCGAGGUACCCGCUGUACGAGGCGGCGGAGUGCCCGUUCCUCAGCGACCAGGUCACCUGCCGGAGGAACGGCCGCCCGGACUCCGGCUACGAGCAGUGGCGGUGGCAGCCGAGGGGGUGCGGCGGCGCCGUCGGGAGGCUCGACGGCCACGGGGCGCUGGAGCAGUGCCGGAACAGGCGGCUCGUGUUCGUGGGCGACUCGCUCAACAGGAACAUGUGGGAGUCGCUGGCCUGGAUCCUCUACACGGCGCUGCCCGACCGCUCGCGGGCGCGCGUCCACCACGCCAGCUCCGAGCACAAGAUCUUCCGCGCCAUGGGAAAAUACAUGUUGCAGGAUUACAAUUGCUCGGUGGAGUUCUUCUGGAGCCCGUUCCUGGUGCAGCUUGAGACCAAGCCGGACCGGACCAAGGUGCUCAAGCUAGACCAGCUCCCAGCCAUGCUUCAGCAGGUGAUCGGGGCAGACGUCCUCGUCUUCAACACCGGCCACUGGUGGACACACACCGGCAAGCUCAGGGCCUGGGAUCACCUGGAGAGAAACGGGAUGCUGGUCAAGAUGGAAGGAGAGGAGGCAUUCAGCAGAGCGCUGAGGACAUGGGCGAGAUGGGUGGAUCACAACGUGGAGCAGACCAGAACCAGAGUCUUCUUCCGAAGCGUCUCGCCUGAACACAAGGGCGCGAACUGGUGCUACAAUCAUUAUGCAACUCCCUUUUGCCGGAGGAACACUUUGUGUGCUACCAAACGUCACAACAUAACUGGGUGAUUAUAAAGGAGCUCUACAGGUGUCUCCAAAGGUAAAUGUUGGGUUGGCGUAUUUCGAGAUUAGGAUUUGUCACUCCGAUUGUCGGAGAGGUAUCUCUGGGCCCUCUCGGUAAUGCACAUCACAUAAGCCUUGCAA